AGAGAUAGAGAGAGAGAGGGAUUAGAUUAGUUGCAGUUGAAGAUGAGCGAAGAGAGAAUCAAUGGCGGCUGCAUUGCAGCCCGCAGCUUCACGCAUUCAUCGUCUUUCUCUAAGUGCACGCAUUCUCACUCUUCGAUUCAAGAUUAUGCAGCUUGUGGUACACCUGCAGCAUGGAGAGGGAAAAGCAUGACUUGUGUUUGCUUUAAGCGAAAGGGAAGCCAAGCCCGGAUUUGCCUAAACUUGACACCCUUACAGGAAGAGAGGCUCAAAAGGUUGAGACACCGAACUAAAGUCCAGUUUGACGCUUCCAGAUUACAACAUCAGGAAGCUUUGAGGGCGUUAUGGUCUGCUACGUACCCUGGUGAGGAGUUGGAGAGUUUGAUAUCUGAUAAGUGGAAAGAAAUGGGAUGGCAGGGAAAGGAUCCAUCAACAGAUUUCCGAGGAGCAGGUUUCAUUUCAUUGGAGAACUUGCUGUUUUUCGCCAAGACAUUUUCGCAUUCUUUUCAGAGUCUAUUGAGGAAACAAACAGGGAAAAGGGCAAUGUGGGAAUAUCCAUUUGCUGUAGCUGGUGUAAACAUUACAUUCAUGAUCUUGCAAAUGCUUGAUCUAGAUGCUACAAAGCCACCAAGUUUCAUGAGAGCCGUUUUUCUGCAAAUGUUAUCCGAGAACGAAUGGGCUUUCGACCUCCUAUACUGCGUGGCUUUCAUGGUCAUGGACAAGCUGUGGCUGGACAAACACGCGACCUACAUGGAGUUCAACGACAUUCUAAGAUCCACGAGGUCUCAGCUUGAGAAGGAAUUUCUAAUGGAUGAUGUGUUGCUCAUUGAAGACAUGCCUUCUUACAACCUCUUGCGUUGAUCACAUCUUAAUGUAUAUUUCUACCACAUUUUUUCAAACUAACUACCUAUAUAUGGGAAUGGGACUUCUUUGGAUUUGUAGUUGUUGAAUUAUAUAGUCCACUUCUCUUUGGUUAUGCUUUUUUUUCUCUCUUACUUUGUAUAGCUUCGAAGAUCUAAGAUCAUUUGGAUACUAUAAUGUAUACAAGCUUUUAGUUGACACUUUUUCA